AUUUUUCUUAAGAUCGCGAAAUUUUCCCAAAACCCAAGAGCCUCUUCCGUCCGAGAACUUUUCGGUUGGAAAAGAAAUUAGCUGUCCUUCGUCACUGCGGCAAAAAAGGGAACAGGACAAGGGAUUGAGACAACGAUGGCGAACGCACUGGUGCGGCUAAACUGCAUGCCGAAGCAACAAUUAGCGGCACUGGUACCGGCCAUCCGCGGCUCGGUGGCCGCCUGUGGCCAGCAGCAGGUCCGGCAGCAGUCGGCCCAGGCAUCGGCACCGCCACCACAGACGAGGACCAAGUUCGGAGGAAUGGCCGAUCAGGACCGCAUAUUCACGAACCUGUACGGGCGGCACGAUUGGCGUCUGAAGGGUGCCCUCAAGCGCGGCGAUUGGUACAAAACGAAGGAGAUCCUGCUGAAGGGUGUCGACUGGAUACUGAAUGAAAUCAAAGUGUCCGGUUUGCGUGGCCGCGGAGGCGCCGGGUUCCCCAGCGGUAUGAAGUGGUCGUUCAUGAACAAACCGUCGGACGGCCGUCCGAAGUAUUUGGUCGUGAACGCGGACGAGGGCGAGCCGGGAACGUGCAAGGAUCGGGAGAUUAUGCGCCACGACCCGCACAAGCUGAUCGAAGGGUGUUUGAUUGCGGGCCGAGCGAUGGGAGCCCGAGCUGCUUACAUCUACAUCCGCGGUGAGUUUUACAACGAAGCGUCCAACAUGCAGCUGGCCAUCGCCGAAGCGUACCAGGCGGGAUUGAUUGGAAAGAAUGCGUGCGGAUCGGGAUUCGAUUUCGACGUGUUCAUGCACCGCGGAGCGGGUGCGUACAUCUGCGGCGAGGAGACGGCUCUGAUUGAAUCGCUCGAAGGCAAGCAGGGCAAACCGCGCCUGAAGCCACCGUUCCCGGCCGACGUCGGUGUGUUCGGUUGCCCGACGACGGUGGCCAACGUGGAAACGGUUGCCGUCGCCCCGACCAUCUGCCGCCGAGGAGGCGUUUGGUUUGCCGGCUUUGGCCGCACGCGUAACUCGGGCACGAAGCUGUUCAACAUUUCGGGCCACGUCAACACACCGUGCACGGUCGAGGAGGAGAUGUCCAUUCCGCUGAAGGAGCUAAUCGAGCGCCAUGCCGGAGGCAUUCGGGGCGGCUGGGACAACCUGCUCGGUAUCAUCCCGGGCGGCUCUUCGACCCCGGUCAUCCCGAAGUCGGUGUGCGAAGAUGUGUUGAUGGACUUUGACGGGCUGGUGCAGGCGCAAACUUCGCUCGGCACGGCCGCUAUCAUCGUGAUGGACAAAUCGACCGACAUGAUUAAGGCGAUCUCGCGUCUGAUCAUGUUCUACAAGCACGAGAGCUGCGGCCAGUGUACCCCGUGCCGCGAGGGCAUCGGGUGGAUGAACAAGAUCAUGCACCGCUUCGUAGCCGGCAAUGCUCAGCCGGCGGAGAUAGAUAUGCUGUGGGAAAUCUCCAAGCAAAUCGAGGGACACACCAUCUGCGCGCUGGGCGACGGCGCCGCAUGGCCAGUCCAAGGUUUAAUCCGACACUUCCGCCCGGAAAUAGAAGCCCGAAUGAAGGAGUACGAGCAGAAGGAAGCUGCUGGCAAGCACUAA